UAUGAUAAGGUCUCGGGGCGGGGCGGGGCAAAAUCUAGCCACAAAUGGUGGUUAGCGCCGCUCAAAGAUUCUAAAAUCUGCGUAAGUGGCUCUGGUGGGCGUAUCCUGUGUGGUCUUCAGUCUCGACGCCCAAUCGCCACAGCCCGUUAUUGUACCUACCUAUAGGAGUAGUAAGCUUGAGCCCCCGGGUCAUGUUUGGGGUAGUCAGUCUCUUUUCCGGUACUUUUAACAGCUGUUCAUCUCCCUGCUGGGACAAAGCUUCACUUGCCUGUUAUGUCAUCUCUCUCUAGUGUUGCAGAAACAAGUAAUUUAGGAUUGGGAUUUAUUAUUAUUAUUAUUACUAUUACAUUUAUAUCCCGCUCUUCCUCCAAGGAGCCCAGAGUGGUGUACUACAUACUUGAGUUUCUCUUUCACAACAACCCUGUGAAGUAGGUUGAGAGAUGCCUGACUGGCCCAGAGUCACCCAGCUAGCUUCAUGGCUGAAUGGGGAUUUGAACUCGGGUCUCCCCGGUCCUAGUCCAGCACUACAACCACUACACCACGCUGGCUCUCGUUAAUGACUCGCAAGUUUUACAUUUUUACUUUAUAUACCCACUGUCUUGUUAUGAAUAUAUCUGUUUAAUGCAGGUGGCUGAAGCACUACUGGUAUUUGUAGGAGGUGUUUUAUUUGUUAGUACUGUGUGGUUUUCCAACAGGAGAUGAAGGCUACUGUUGUGUUCAGAAAUUCUUGCUGAGGUGUAAACUUUUUUUUUUUAGCGAAAGGCAUAAAUGGCCUUAUUAAUACAAGCAAGUCAAAGGGGAGCAAAAUAAUGCAUUUUUUAAAAUCCAGACAAUAACUGAACACAAAUCUGACCUUGCUUCUCACCCUGCAAUGAUUAAAUUCAGAAAUGGGGGGAGGGGGUUUACCAUUGCCAUCUCCCGCACAGUAUGAGAUGUUGCCUUUCAGCAUCUCCCUAUAUUGCUGCUGCCUGAUAUAGGUGCUUCCCAUAGUCUGGGAAACAUACCAGCGGAGAUUCAAACUGGCAACCUCUGGCUUGCUAGGCAAGCUGCACCACUGCACCAUUAGGUGGCUCUCAAAGCUGCUACACUUCAGCAAAAGACUUCAAAGAAAGAUGUCUGUGUGAAAUUGCUAAAUGAGAAUUUUCAACAAAUUUGACUUUAUUCAAUUUAAUAUCAGCAACUUUAUUUGUUGUCUGCCCCAUAACAGUUCUUCUCUGGGAAGCUCACAAAAUAUAAUAAUAUAAUAAAACAUUCAGUUAAAACACAUUACAAUAAUUCAAAUAAAACACAUUACAAUUCAAAUAAAAGAUUACAAUAAAAUGGUUUCAUGGUUGCUGACCAUGCAAAAAUGGUUGCAAAUGGCUGCCGUGCAUGUGCAGAGGCCAUGUGCGUGCUGGCGUCACACGGGCAGCUGGGGGAGAGCGCUACUGAUGCACGAAAGUAGAAAGGAGCACCACAAUUAAAGAAGUGGUGGUGCACGGUGGAAGAGCAGGUAUGGACCUGCUCUCCUCCAUGGACCACCUCAUACCUCCAUCUUAAAGAGAUGUGCUGUGAUUCGGCAUCUGAAUCACGUUUUGUACACAUCCCUACUAAAAUUUGGCUAAACUUCAGAGGCCACAUUGGAUGGAGUGCCCCUUUUUUGCCAAGAGUAGUGCAUGUGAAGAAUUGACUCAGAAAUAAAAAGUUUAGUUAAAAAUUAUUUCUAUAAAUGUUGCUUGGUUUCAGAAUUAAUGAGUUAAAGCUUGUCAACUGCUUUCAGGUACUUGGAUUGACAGGAGGAGUUCUAUAGAUGUCAGAACAUUUGCUUUAGAGUAAGUGGGAAGUUAAUUGUCAAGGAAGAAGCUGGGAGAAAGGGACUCAGACUGAAGGAUAGUGAACUGUAACUGUUGUGCUCUGAACUGUUUUUGUUUUUGUUUUGAAAGGACCAUCGGUUGUUUUGUUUCUGGUUCUGUUUCUUUGUGAAACAAUACAUGCUCUUUAUUUUCAAAAUAUUUGGACUUUCCCUGUUGGAGUAACACUCCAUGGGCCCUAUGAAGGGCAGUAGAUACUGGAGGAGAGGACAAUUGAAGAUAAAUAGUGGUAGUGGAUACAGGAACUGUCACAACGCACAUGAGAGCUGUUAACAUCUGUGACUGAAGGGCUGCAGGUGAUUGUGCCUGAGAAGAAACGAGUAGCCAUGCUCUUUCAGCCUGUUGUGCUUCGAUGCCGCUUUGAAACCUCUUCCAAGCAACAGGCUGUAAUCCAAUGGAAAUUCAAAUCCUAUUGCCAGGAUCGCAUGGGAGAGACUCUUGGUGUGGUCUCUGCAGGGAUACAGGCGGUGAGCAAGAGACACUUGGAAUGGGAUCCCUACUUGGACUGUGUGGACAGCAGGAGAACAGUCCGCAUUGUGGCCUCCAAGCAGGGCACUGUAGUCACAACUGGAGAAUUCUACAAGGGAAGAGAUGUCCGCAUUGUCCAUGAUGCAGAUCUCCAUAUUGGAAAACUGAUGUGGGGAGACAGUGGGCUCUAUUACUGCCUCAUUAUCACACCUGAUGAUGUGGAGGGCAAGAAUGAGGAGUCGGUGGAGCUGCUUGUUCUGGAGUGGGUGUUUGUGGGCUUGGUGAUCCUGGGGGUUUUCCUCUUCUUUCUUCUGGUUGGGAUCUGCUGGUGCCAGUGUUGCCCUUAUAGCUGCUGUUGCUAUGUCCGCUGCCCCUGCUGUCCAGAUACUUGCUGUUGUCCACGAGCACUGUAUGAAGCAGGAAAGGCUGCAAAGGCUGGAUACCCUCCAGCCGUUACAUCUCUCCCUGGACCUUACUACAUUCCCAGUGUUCCUGUGGGUGGUGUCCCAUCUCAUGCUGUCCUGAUGGAGAAGUCACACCUUCCUCCUUUGGCAUCAAGUGACUCCAGCACAGGAGGACAAAGUGUGCGCAAAGGCUACCGAAUCCAGGCUGACAAAGACAGAGAUUCUAUGAAGGUGCUGUACUAUGUUGAGAAGGAAUUGGCUCAGUUUGACCCGACCAGGAGGAUGAGAGAGAGAUACAAUAAUACCAUCUCAGAACUCAGUUCCUUGCAUGAGGACAACAGCAGCUUCCGCCAGCCUUACCGCCAGGUGCGCCGGAAGCCUCUACCUCCUUCAGGAGACUUGGAUGGUGAUGCAGAAUAUUGGGCAGGGGUUGUCAAUGGAGGUGGAACAUCCAGACCUCAGACAUGCUCUGAUUACAGAGAAGAGAGGGGCAGUUUCAGGAUCAGCCAGCAGAGAUGCAAGUCGGAAAUGCUCUCAAGGAAGAACUUCUCUAUGGGAAUGCCAGCUGUCUCCAUGGAUGAGCUUGCAGCCUUUGCUGAGUCCUACAGUCAGCGUGUCCGUCGAACAGAGGGAAGUCAAGAGCCCCGGUGCUUUGAGAGAUCAGGUUCACGAGGACCACGAGGAGGGUCAAUACAUCACCCAAACAACUCCUCAGAUGAUUAUUACAGCAAGCGUAGGGGAAACCAGGAGCCAUUGACAGAUUCUGACCGGGGCUGGUCGUAUAGCCCAUCGAGGAGACGUACCCAUGAAGAGAAACAGGUUCCUAGGCUAGUGUGUCGGACACCUGGAGGGAGCCAAAAGUACGAUCACUCCUACCUCAGCACUGCCCUCGAGAGGAAAUCACGAAGCUAUGAUGAGAGUGGUGAGCAUAGUGAGACGCCUUCAAAGCUCAGCUCACAUUCCAGUCAAAGAGGUGGAACGUACUAUGCCUGGUCACCACCAUCUACUUACAAAUCAGGACAGCAACUGCAGCAGCCACCUCCCCAACAAGAGGAAGAAGACUCUUUGCCGCCAUACAGUGAGAGGGAGCUGACCCGGGGCCCUUCAUACAGAAGCAGGGAACAAUCAAACCUCAAUGCUUCAGACAAGAAGAGGAAAAAAGAGCCCAAGAAAACAAAUGAGUUUCCAACGAGGAUGUCACUUGUGGUGUGAUACUGUAGAAGUGUUAAUGGAAAAGCAAAAGCGGCCAUAGAGCGGAGCCACGCAGGCUUCAAGGAUUGCGUGCUGCCACCAGAUAUAGAUAUUCAGACUUGUCUGUUCAUCGUGGGAAUGAAGGUCUCAUGCGGAGGCUAGUUCAAACCAACUGCUCUCAUCCAGUUAACCCUUCAGAAAAUAACUUUUACUCUACCAAGAAAUGAAUAAUAGAGAAGGUUUAUCUUGCCAAGCUCAUCCUCUGAUUUCUCUCAGCAAGGGUGAUGUCUCCGCUUCCCCUGAAUCUUCUCUGUACCUGCAGCACUGGAAGAACUACUUUCUUGUAUAAUUUAGAGUAUAUUCCCUUCCUCAUAUUAUCUACUUCUCACCUGUACUGUUUUGCAUUCUAUAUUUGUCAGGGGAAAUUGCCAAGUCUAGGGGCCUCUCACCAUUUGCCCUUUCUCUCCUUUGCUGAAAGAAAUAAGCACUUCAUGUAGCACUUGGAGAUUGCUUUGAAAUGAGAGCAACAUCAUCAAGAAAAAUGGCAAAAGGAAAUCUCCAUCCUUUUGGAAAUGUCCUAAAACUGAGACCAGGGGCACUGCACUUAGAAGGACAAGUUACCCAAAGACAUUUUGGAUUUUUGCUUUAAAGUCCAGCUCAUUCAGUAAUGGGAGCUGCCAGUGAGAUUAAUGUUUUGUUUUGAAAGUGAAACUCAGUAGAUUUUGCUGUAAUGAGAAUGUGCCAUGUUAUUUCACUGUUGUCUGAUAUGAUGUAUCAGCGUUGCCUUACAGUUGAACUAUAGCCAUAAAAGGCUUCAGCUGGGACUGCUGAUUGGUCCUACUGUAAGCAGAGCUCAAGCUCAGGUUCUGCUGACAGUACUCUCUGGACAAUGAUGAUGAUGAUAAUGAUUUUUUGAGCCAACUAGUAGAUAACAACAGAACUAGAAUGAGGAAAUCAGGGUGCAAAAGAAGAGAACAGCCAUUGCUUUUUAUACUUCUACAAGGGCCAAUAUUACUUCUUUCUGGCAACUGGCUGAGGCCAUUCAAUAAGGCAACAGAAUAUCUGAACAAUAAAUAUAUUGAGCGAAUUACCAACCUUGAAAGUUACUUCAUUCUAGCUGUUCACAUUUUGCCCUUCUGCUAGUGGGUUAAUAGCUCAAGGACCUGCCACAAAGGGAGCAGAGUAGCCCCCAAAUGGUAGGAGUAGCAGCUAUGAAAAAACAUUUUGUUUGGUUCAAAGUUAAAGGAAAAAGCAGAUUUUCCUGUUUUGCUUCAGCUCAUAACAGAAAUCUGAUGUGUGAGCUUAUCCCAUGCGUGAUAACUAGCUGAAUGAUAAAUUGGUCAUGGUUUUGAUUUCUGUUAUGAUAUUUAAGUCCUCUAUGCUGGACAGGCUGUUGCUUACUAAGCUUAAUCAAGAAUAGAGAAACUUCAGAGUCACAGAAAUGAGAAAAGUAUUCCUCUAUUGCCCUCUUCUGAUGAUAUAAACAAGUUGUUCUGAUAAGAAUUAGUCUGCAUACUUUCAACUAUCAUCCUAAUUAAUAAUUACCAUCCUCACAAUUUAGCCCACUUCAGCCUUAAACAUCCACACGUCCAAUGUCUUGAAUUGGGGUGGAUAUCACAAACUGUGCCAUUGGGGUGUACCUAUGUGUCACUCACUACAACUGUACCAAAUUUGGUUCAGAUGGAUUAGGUAGUCCACAAGUUAGUCCACUUGUGCCUCAAACAUUGAUGCGGCUGCCAUCUUGAAUCAGGGUAGAUGACAUCAUCACAAACUACACCACUGAGAAGUCUCUGCAAAUUUGGUUCAAAUUGUUUAGGCAGUUCAUAAGUUAGCCCAGUUAGCCCUUAAACGUUUACAUGUUUGCCCUCUUGAAUUGGGGUGGAUGACGUCAUCACAAACUAUGCCAUUGAAUGUCCCUAUGUGUCCCUACAACUGUUGCGAAGCUGAUAGGGUCACGCCUACACACAGAAUACUGGGUGGUCUCAUAUGCUUACUUUCCUUAAGAAAAGUAGGCUCAAUAAGGGAUGCUGUACCUGCGUAUUAGUGUCCUGAGAGUGCACUGGGAAACUCCACCCCAGCACUGAAAAGCCUCAGCACCCAUCCCCAGCACUAUCCACACUUAUGUGCUGUCCAUGCUUACAGUGUUUGUAUGGUCUGCAAAGAGGCAAAUGAUGUAAGUGUGAAGGAGGUUGUUUCAGUCAGAAGACUGGGGCACUGUUUAUAACAUCCCAAGAGGGUUUAUUUGUUAGUUGUAAGAUGCAGGGACUCAAUAACCCAAUUGCUUAAAAAUGAUCAAUUCUUGGUGCUAGAAUUCAGUCAACGUGUACUGUAGUAGUAGAUUCACUUACAUCCACACAACUAGAAAACCUUUUUGGUCUAAUUUUUAAAGACAAAAUUACACUUGCUGCUGAUCAAAGGUCCAGGCUUCAGAUUAGUGGGCAGCAUCCCAAUUAAGUUUCACAGAAAUUAAUGUGAGUUAAGUCUGUCAUGACCCCUACUUUGAGCAGUGUCUGACUCUGAGGGGGCAGGAGCAGCACUAGCUUCAGGCCCUGACACAGAGACAGAAUUUGAAAGCACCCCAGAACAGGAGCCUCCUGAAAUGGCACACUUAGAACCUGAGCCCUCUGAAGAGCUAUCCUCUCCCACACUGUAGCACUUCCUGACUUCUUUGCCCACUCAAACAUAUGCCCCUGAGGGUUGCACAGCCCUUAGAGACAUGCUUUCAGGUGAUGCAGAGGGCUUCCAGAUAAAUGGGAAGUUGUUGAAAUUCUCUCUCUCUCUCUCUCUCUCUCUCUCUCUCUCUCUCUCUCUCUCUCUCUCUCUCUCUCUCUCUCUCACACACACACACACACACACACACACACACACACACACACACACACUAGUUCCAGCACUAGUUUGGAACUCUUCAGGAGCUAUACUGGUGCUUCCCCUGUUGCACCAGUGCUUUGUUAGGAUGAAAGCCUCUGAUAGUUGCACAGUAGUAGCUGUGCUGGCUAGAGGCUAAGCAGUAUUAUCUAUCUAUCUAUCUAUCUAUCUAUCUAUCUAUCUAUCUAUCUAUCUAUCUAUCUAUCUAUCUAUCUAUCUAUCUAAUUUGUAUACCACCCCAAACGUCUGUCUCUGGGCAAUUUACAACAACAUAAAAGUAAAAACCUUAAAAACAAUUAAAAACCACAAUUAAAUUAAAAAGCUUGGGUGAAAAGAUACGUCUUUAGGGACUUUUAAAAAGUUGUCCGAGAUGGGGAGGUUCUUAUCACAGCAGGGAGUGCAUUCCAGAGUCUCGGGGCAGCAACAGAGAAGACCCCUCCCUAUGUGGCCACCAGGCAGGCUGGUGGCAGCUGCAGAUGGACAGCGGCCACCAGCUGCCUUCCUCCUAUUAGAGAGGAAGACAAAGGGUGCCAGGCUCCAAGCCAGAACUCUGCCCCUUUAAAGUUUCCACCCUCCAUGCAGGGAGAUGAAGUACCAUGAGCUCAGAGGUAUUUAAGAGCUCAGGCUACUUCUGACUACUGUCUGAGCGAUUUGUCUCACUGAACUGCCUUACCAACCUCAGGGGUUCUUAUCUGUAGUUUGAGAUAGGACAUUACUAGGAAUUGUGGAUGUAUCUUGGAAGCUUCAGCAUUAUCACCCCAGCUUAGCCCACACAUCCUGGCUCCUAUUAAUCUGACGGAGCAGGGCCAAAAGAAAGAUGAUGCAAUAUGUGCCCCUCUCUCCCAGGAAGUGAUCUGAGGUUUGCCCACAAAGAUGGAUGCAGCAGAGUUUUUCUCUCUGAACUAUCACGGCUAUAUCUGCUACAGCAUUGUGACCAGUGUUCUAUUCCCCCCCCCCAUCUGUGUGCAGAAAGAGUUUUGUUCUGGGCAGCAGUAUCAAGGCAGUGUGUGUGCACGUGCAUUCAGAGUAGGACCUUCAGAUUCAACCUGAGUGGGAUCUAAAAUUAAUUGAGCGGACAUUAAAAAAAUUGUGAGUGCACACACAUGUGCAUACCUUAGAAGAAACAUGAUUGUGAGAUCUCCAGGUUUGGCUACAAACCAUACUCUGGUAGAUUGUCUGAGCAACAAUGUGUGAUCUUCCAAAGGCUGAUGGGCAGUCUCUAGACUCUCCACUGACUUGCAGGGUUAGAGGCGCACUCUUUGGGGGCAUUCUGACUGGCAGUUACAUCAUGCAGUCUUACUGCUUCAUGAUGUUGAGUUAGUGAAUUUAAUGAUAAAGUAAAGUUGUGCCCUGGCAGUCACAGAGCCAUUUGGUUUUCUUUGGUAGACUACAGGAGGGGUUUACAAUUGCCAUCUCCCGCGCAGCAUGAGAUGAUGCCUUUCAGCAUCUUCCUAUAUCGCUGUUGCCUGAUAUAGGUGUUUCUCAUAGUCUGGGAAACAUACCAGUGGGGAUUCGGACCAGCAACCUCUUGCUCCCUAGGCAAGUUACUUCCCCGCUGUGCCAUUAGGUGGCUCCAAGUUUAAUGAUACCAUUUAAUGAUACCACCUUGGACUUUCCUAGCACAGAAGAUGCUUUGCUUCUUCACUCUGGUACAGGAUCUUUCUCAGUCAAGCUGUUCAGGGGCCAAGACACCCCUAGCUAUGACAUUAACUCUUUGCCCCUUCGGAACACCUUGGUUUGGGAAAGCCUCCUAGCAGACUCCACAAGAGGAAGCAAGAAAGGGCUAUAAUCAAGCAGGUUCAUCAACAGUUUGCUUUGGAAGUUUGCCUCCAAGAGGACUCAUCCUAGGAGAUAUGACAUUCUCAUACCUAGGAGAUACCUAGGACAUCUCAUACCUAGCAGAUACGACAUUCUGGAGAUUAUGAAAUUCUAGAGAGCCACUGCCAGUCAGUGUAGACAACACUCAGUUAGAUGGACUAGUGAUAAGGCAGCUUAUCACUGAUUCAGGAUAAGGCAGCUUCAUGCUGCACAGGAGAUGGCAAUGGUAAAUCCCUCCUGUAUUCUACCAAAUACAGGAGUUCAAGAGUUAGCAGUUUCCCUCAGGCUGCAAUGUCAUCUGUUCCUUAUAGGCUAGACUCAGGGCAUGGCCUGAAAGUUCAUGAUGCUGCAACUUUUGCUGAAACUAAGGUGGUCUGGGUCUGAUGAAUAUCUUGCCUGGGAAUUAAGGCAAUUCGUUAAGACAAGAUAUGCUGCCUUAAGUUUCAUCAUAGAAGAAAGGCAAGGUAUAAAAACAAUAGCCAAUGGUCCAAAUUGGCACAAAACUGUGCAACAUGAAAGGCAGCCCCAAUGGUGUUGCAUGACAGUUGUGCAAUGACUUAAAACAGCAUUCCAAUGGAAGUAGCACUGCUGUGUUCCAGCAUCAUCAGGGUUUCAAUAGGCACACAUUCAAAGUUACAUCACUUACUCAUCCCUAUUGUAAUGGAGGCAGCAGAUAAGAAACUUGUCUUAUCUGUCUUCUCUCCCUGGCCUGAUGGCCAGGUAUUGUCUCUGUUUGCGAGAGGAAGAGGGAGGUUUAGAUUUCAUUCCAAGGCUGAAAUGAUCUUAGAUGCCAGACACUUGCAGUAGCUAGUGUUGGGAGUCUGCUUCGCUGGGUACCACACAUAGAGAGUGUGAAGCGAAUCCCCUUUCCCAUUUGUGGGGCUUGCAGCCAAAUCUAGGGGUUACCAGUCCACUGCCAGCUAAGUGACUUGUCCCCAUAGACUGAGAACUCACAUUGCAGUGCAGCUCCUGAGCAUAGCAAAAGUGAGCAUAGCAAUCUCCAAGCUUGGAGAUGCAUUUGCAACCAGGGAGGCUUCUGGAAGCAGGCAGAAUAAGCUCAGCUGGUAACAGAACCGAUAGAACCAUCUCUCUCCUCCUACCUAUGUAUUAUGUAGCUGAUAGGAUAGGUCUUUCCUAUCUCAAGUGUACUUCACCAACAAAUCUAUUUCGCUUAGAUUGUACAACAGUCUCCAUGCAUGUUCUUUAAAUAACUGCAACAACUAAACUCUGCACUCUACUCUGUAACUGGAGUGGGUAGCUUCUUUUGGUGCUUUGCUAAAUAAUCAUAAACCCCAACAGUUCCAGCAUCAUCAAGGCUGCCUUUCAGCCCUGCAGUUGUGCAACAGCCUCGGUGGGUACCUAAUGCCAGGGUAGCACUAUGUGGAAUGUAACCCUAUAAUGCCAGGGUGUGGGAUGUCACUGUAUCUAUCCUAUCUAUCUAUCUAUCUAUCUAUCUAUCUAUCUAUCUAUCUAUCUAUCUAUCUAUUGCCUGCACAACCCUAAUUCUGCACAUUUUUGUUCCAAUUUCUGAAACCUCCCCACACAACAUAGGUACAUACUGCUGGCUUCUCUUUUUUGUGCUACAGAUUGAUUGGGUGUGAUAAUAAGUGGCAGUUUUCUAUUAUACGAUGGGAUGAAUAUGGUAGAUCCUGUCAAAUGGCAGGAGAUGGGUGUUCAUCAAUGCACAACAAUUAUGACUCAUCUCUAAUGGAAACACUUUGAAUGUGGCAUUGUCUUCCUAGAAGAUUUAAAGUUGCUUAACCCUUGAAAAGCAGAUUCACAAGAAAUAUAUGGCAUUUUUUAAAAAAUCCAGUAUUUCAGCAAAUGCUUGUUAUCCUUGUGUUUUCUGAACAGGAAAGGCUCUUUGCUCUCUGUGUAACCUUGUAGAAGUUGUGCAGUAUUAUUGAUAUAAUAGCACCAUCAUGUGGGCAUCUGCUUAUGUUACUGCUGUUACUAUGGAAAAACUUACAUGCUGUGCAGCUUUAUGAGGGUGGUUCAGCACCUCUCAGGCCACUGUAAGUGUUUAACAAACAUGCCCAUGGUGCUGUGCAACAGGGCUCUUCUGCUACUAUUUACGUUUGUGGGUAUUAUUGGGAAUAAUGGAAAAUGCCAUUGUGCAAGUGCAAGUAGAAGCAGAAGAGUCUUGUUGCACAGCAGCAUGGGCAUGUCUACACUUGCAAUGGGGUGGGUUGUUCUGAAACAUCCUCAUCAAGCUGUGCAGCAUGUAAGCCGCUAUUUAGAUUGAAAUCCUAAUUUCUACUUACAUGGAAAUUUUAUUGGUUUAAAAUAUUGAUAUCCUACCCCUCAAGGACAAUACUGCUCAGGUUGUCUAUGGGACCUAAAGGUAAAAUAAAGUGUGCCAUCAAGUCGA